AUGGCCCCUCCUACUGGGCUUAAUUGUCGUAACAGAAUACCUCCUCUGGAACCUUUCGAGCAGUAUGAGCACAGCAAGGAUGUCGAUCCCUCAUUUCCUUCUCUUCUAAAAGAAGGGACCAAGAUCUCGGACAUCGCGGUAUCCAUCGGCGCCAAGGUCACUGGCGUUCAACUCUCGCAGCUCGAUGACAAAGGCAAGGACGAACUCUCACUGCUUCUGGCGCAGAAGAAGGUUGUGGUUUUUCAUGACCAAGACUUCGCAACUAUCCCGAUCCAGCAGGCUGUUGAUUUCGCAGGCUAUUUCGGAAGGCUGCACGUCCAUCCAGUUAGUGGCGCGGCGCGAGGGUUUCCACAAUUGCACAUGCAUAGCGAUGUCAGCUAUGAGCUGCAGCCUCACGGUACUACAAUGUUGUCCGCUAUCGAUGUAAUCGAGAGCGGGGGUGUUACUCUGUUCGUCAACCAGGUGAAGGCCUACGAGAGGCUGACUCCCGGAUUUUGUGAGCGCCUGGCUGAGCUCAAGGUCGUGCACUCGGCAUACGAGCAGGCCCAAACCGCUCUUGGAAAGGGCGGACAACUGAGACAAGACCCCAUUACUUCAGUGCAUCCUCUGAUGAGUGAUGGUCUUCUCAACUUUAUCUACCAUCAUAUAGCUUUGAGCCAUGACGUUCAGUGCCGUUUCAAGUGGAGCGGCCGCUCUGUCGUUGUAUGGGACAACAGGGUGACGGCACAUUCUGGUCUGAUGGACUGGAAAGGGCCUCGCUACCGGUAUAUCGCUCGUCUGGCUGCCCAGGCGGAGGUGCCAACUGAGUAUGAUCCUAUGUCUCUCACUCGGGGCAUCGUGUACGUGACUGGAAGAAGUUCACCAAUAAGGGCUGCACAGUUGCAGAUCCGAUAUUAGGUGUACAAAGUUGGCAUUUAUCAAUUAGUCACCAAGUUCAGAAGAAAUAGCCGUUUGGACCUUUCUGC